AUGGUGGGGUAUGAAGAGGGUAAAGAGAAGGUGAGCAUGGUGGAGAUGAUGAAGGACAAAGGUCCAGUGUGGGAUGAGAUUGUGAGAGAGAGCAAAUUGGUGCCAACCAAGAUGGAGGAGCAAAUGCCUUCCCAAACUGAAAAGAAGCCCCAAAAACAAUGGUCCUUGCAAGACUUCGAGAUUGGAAAACCCCUUGGCAAAGGCAAAUUCGGCCGCGUCUACCUCGCCCGAGAAACCAAGAGCAAGUAUAUAGUGGCAUUGAAGGUGAUAUUCAAAGAGCAGAUAGAGAAGUACAGGUUGCACCACCAGUUGAGGAGAGAGAUGGAGAUCCAGACCAGUCUUCGUCAUCCCAAUGUUUUGAGACUCUUCGAAGAGAUCGCCAAGGCCGUUAGGGCCGAAGAGUGGGCUUUGGUGGACGAUGCCGUUUUGCACUACUAG